CACCAACAUGCAGUUCCGCUACCUCGCCUUCUUCCUCGCGACCGCUUCAGCGAUGGCGUCCGAGCACCACCACCACCGCCACCACCGCCACCACCACGCUGAAGAGUCCUGCACCAACGUCAGCGUCGAAGGCGACAGCACGUACUGCAUCCGCGGUCCCAUCUGCUCGGGCUCGACCAACGGCGGCGCAACAUCCCGAGCUACGUGA